AUGAGCUCACCACUAAAGAGGAGGACAGCAUUGGCUGGCAAGGAUGUGAAUGUAAAGCAGGCCACAUUAGUAGGGGGUAUACGCAAAGGUAGCAAUCAUUGCUCACCGAUAAAAAAGAGCCAAGUAGGUAUCGAUUAUGCAUUACGGCACAGUCCUGUGAGAAACUUAACGGUAACGUCAAACAAAGGGACUCCCAGAAAAGGUGUAUCGGAUUUCACCUUUCAUGAGGAGACACCCAGCGAGAAGGCCGCUGUGUUGAUGGAACAUUUUUCGCUAAAACAACAGUGUGCAGCAUCAAACGAUGAAAACGAUUAUAAUACAGUGAAGGAGAACAUGUCGCCAUCCAAACUAGCCAAAAGGGUUGACAAUAACAGCACAAAAAACAGCAAGAGGAUACCACUUCGAGAUUUGAGUAUUGAAGACCACAAGGGCUACAUUGUGGACCCACAUACUCAUGAAGAAACAACGCUAACGCUGCAUUACAAGUACAAGACAAAACUACCGACUUAUGUUACACCCCCCAGAGAUAAGAAGUUAAGACAGUACUUUACGUAUAGCGAUAUCAAAGAGGGCAAACCCCUAUCGCGUAGCACCGACGAUAUUUCAAAGGAUAAGAUAGUGAAAAAGCUCGAUUUUACGAUACGUGGGAAUUAA